CAUGUCAAUUCGACCUACCUUUUCUAAACAGUUGUGUUGUGUUGUGAAAAUUGUGGAAAAGAAAGUCAAAAUUUAUAGAAUAUUAAUAAUAUUAGUUAAAGAUACUUACUUCCUUUUAAGAUGAAUAGAAUAUUCGGUAGGGGUAAACCAAAGGAACCAGGACCAAGUAUAACGGACUGUAUCAGCAAUGUUGACAGUAGAGCUGAUAACAUUGAGCAAAAGGUGCAGAAGUUGGACACAGAGCUUCGGAAAUACAAAGAUCAAAUGAGCAAAAUGAGAGAGGGACCAGCAAAAAAUUCAGUUAAACAAAAAGCUAUGAGGGUUCUCAAGCAGAAGAAAAUGUACGAACAGCAGCUUGAUAACCUUCGGGCCCAAUCAUUCAACAUGGAGCAAGCAAAUUACGCCACACAGACACUCAAGGACACUCACACCACUAUAGCUGCAAUGAAAGACGGAGUGACGCAGAUGAAGAAAGAAUUCAAGAAAAUCAAUAUUGAUUCCAUUGAGGAUGUGAAUGAUGAUCUGGCAGACAUGUUGGAGCAAGCAGACGAGGUGCAGGAAGCGCUGGGCAGGCAGUACGGCGUGCCGGAGAUUGACGACGACGAACUGGCCGCAGAGCUUGAUGCUUUGGGCGACGAGAUAGCGCAGGACGAUGACACGUCGUACCUGGACGACGUGGUGAAGCUGCCCGCGGCGCCCGACCGCGAGCCGGGCGCCGAGGGCGCGCGCGCGCGCGACGGCGUGCCCGUCGACGAGUUCGGGCUGCCGCUCGUGCCCAGCUCCGCGCAGACUUCGCGAUAAACGAUACAAUAAAAAAAAAACUAUCUCUCUGAGAAAGAGGGAAGGGAAAUACCAAACAAAAUAAUAAUAACUACGACACCUGGGUGAAUUUUUGAGAAUUUUUAUCACCAUCAUUACCAUACUUCAAAAGUCAACAAAGAUUUAAAUCUUUUAUAAUAACUACCCUAAUUUAUGAAUAAUAAUCUGUCUUGGGGGUAGUGUGAAAUUUUAUCAAUAUUUGAUUUCUAAAAUUUAGAAUGAUUCUUUAUUCUGAAGGACGGUAAUGACGUCUGUCAAAAUGCUCGAAAAUCCGCCCACCUUAAAAAAAAAAAGAAAAAAGUUCAAGUAUGAGUUGAAGAGGGUUACGUACAAUUUAUUCCGUUAAUCUACAGAAUAAAUACUGAAUUAUGCAAAUGUGAAUUUAAUGGGGUUGUUGUAAUUGAUUUAGGAUAUAUGAUUCGAUUCGCUAAGCAGGUGUCGUAUAAAGCACUGUGAAAGUACGAUUCUUAACUCGGUCUUAACAGCCCUCAAAUUCGUCUCGUGCCUCAAUAUAAAAUCACAUUAAAUCUGUUUUUACUAUAGUUUUUCUAUGUGUAAUGUUAUGCACUAUUGUAAAGUAGUACGGAAGAAACGAAUAAAUAUCUAGUAGAGUAACGACAUUGUAAAGCAAAUUUGUGUUGGGACCCAUUCAAUGGAUCUCCUUCCUCUAAAUGGAUAUUUAUUUAUUUCCUAAUACUGUAAUUAUUGUUUUUUACAUUUUUAUAUUUUAAUGAUAACAUGUAUCUAAAAAUAAUGUAGGAUAGUUGGCUACUACACAAGUGCACACAUUUUAUUGGAAGCAUAAAAUUGUCUCAAACAUAAAUUUGAAUGAACUGGCUGUAAAAUUUGUAACUUUCCAAAUGUUUUUCAAAAGAAAUAGUUCCUUGUGAUGUAAUAGUUGUUUACACGCUUAUAAGAAAAUAACGUCCUACCUUGAUUUAUUAUUUACUAGCGACCCGCCCCGGCUUCGCACGGGUGCAAUACUUGUUAUGCAUGAACAAGCUUACACAGGGGCAGACAGACAGCGGGAAGUGACUUUUGUUUUAUACUUUUUAGUGGUAAUGAUUAUUGUAACUGUAGUAGAUACAUGCUUGCCCAAUUUUAAAAACAGUUAAAUGAGAGAAAUCUUUCGGCGAAAUGUGAGUAAAGUUAUAAUAUCAUAUUAAACUAAUGAUAGAAUAAAUCUCUUGAAAGUAUACUUAUAAGUAAUUCACAGCACUUUAAAGUAGAGCUUUCCUCGGUUUAUAAGACAAAAUAAUUUCAUUUUUGUUUAUUAAUUCCAGAGUAAAGUUGAUUCCGUUGUCUACAUGUGAAUGUUUGUCAUUUAUUUAACCAUUGGAUAAGCUUUAUAUAAUGUAUCUGUUGCAGUGUCUUGUUAUGUAAAUGUAGUGUUUAAUUUCUAUAUUAAUAAACUUAAGUUGUAAAUUCA